AUGGCGGAAUCCGAUAGCCUCACCGCCGUCGCGCUGAUCGCGUCCUUUACGGCACUAGUCAUCGCUCUUGGCCAGCUUCUGCAGCAAGUCUUCGGCACUGCUGAGGGCUUUCGCAGAACAAAUAAGGAGAUCAUGGGCCUGUUUGCGCAGAGUCGCGACCGCGUCUUUCACUGGAGCGAAUUGAGGUUUGAGACGAGGUUCAGCACCCCGCACUUCACCUUCCACUACCCUACUACUGAAUCAUCGCUGCUAUCUGAGAUCGACAAUGGCGAGAUCUCGGGUGGGAAGAGGGUCACGAAUCGCAAGUUUGUGCUGGCCAUUGGCGAUAGCAGUGAGAGAACGGACGAUCUGACUAGGGCUAUAAAGUCGACAACGAGGCUCAGCAAGUUUCAGAGGCUCCUGAAUGCUCUUGACCAGAUACUGUCGCCAACAAAUGGCCAAGCACUCCUGCCAGGAUAUCAAGCUUACUGUGCGAGCUGGCUCACACUGCUUGACCAGCUGUACGAAGAUGACAAGAGAUACCACCAGAGGACCAAGGGCGCCAGCAUUAUCCACUCACGAGGGCCUCCUAAGUCUGGCAAGAUCGGACCUGACGCUCGACAGGUCCGACACUUUGCCAUUGAAUGUCACAGCCGAUCCUGGGAUCUCUUACCGCCAGAUGUAGUGCGACCAUUAGCAUCGAUUACGUUUGGCGACCUUCUGACGUUGUGCUACCGGCUUCGACUCAAUGUUCGGUCUAAAUCCAAGCUGGUGGAGUUCAACGCCGAUGGCUACGGCAACAACUUUUCCACCUUACAGGUUCAAGGCGUGGGCACAGUCGUCCAAUACAGAUACGAUCGCUCGAACGACACGCACGGAGAGCGCUAUCUAGCGAAUACAAAGUUCAUUCCGUGCGAAGAAGCGGAUAAGCUUGCUUUCAGCAUCAUUCCGCAGAAUCCAGUGCUCGGUACCCACCAUGAUUGGAAGCUGCUGCGUCAUAGCGGCCAACCGUUCCCAGAAGCAAUGAGGGAACACUUUCGAGACCUCGGAAUCUCUGAACAACAAUGUAAUAAGGCUAGCGCGCAUAAAGAACGGGAUAAGAACGACGUCUGGCGAACCUUUGUGGACUCCCUCUUACUCUUGGCGCCCUUCAUGCUGAUUGAAGGGCUUGGUGUCGUCAAAUAUCAGCCGCCAAUCAGCGCAGAAUGGCUAGAGUCGACGCUGUGGUGCCGCGAGAGCCGUGUCAUAUUCCGACAUCGUCUGGCUCGAGGAUUGCCAGACUUACCAGCGACGGUGGACACCACCGGGUUACUCCCUCCGAGUCGAGGUCCAGGCCAGGCGCAGAUGCAUUGGAUCGGACUCGUGUUGCAUUUCUUUGCAACCAGGUACCGUCAAAAUUUCCACGCUAAUGGCAAUGGUAUCGUGAGGGCUCUCCAGGAGAAUGCGCACACUGAGAGCCAGUAUGAACUCAUUCGGAACGUCCGUUCUGCCUCGCAAGAAGCUGACGCCUACCUCGCGUCCCUAUUCGAUCAGGCUCACUGCAUGCCUACUUAUGUCUGCUUGGUCGCAGCGCAUCAAGAGAUGGCUAUUCGGAUACACGACGAGGUGAAUCAAGAGGUACGCGAACACUCGAGCAAGAAGGACCAUAAGGGCCAAAAGGCACCAUGGGCAAGUCAACGGGAGAUCCCUCAACUCCCGCCCGGUGUGAAGAUGUGGGACUUUCUGGUAGAAGUGAUGCAUCGCUAUAUCGACGAAGCACUAGACGGCACGACGAUCAUUGACUCCUACAUCAAAAAGGUCAAAGACCUGGAAAGCUCUGACGGCAGGGCGUCAGCAGUACUCAGCGACGAUCAGAUACGGACUGGCUGGUGUACGAUGAUCUUGCGCGGCAUUCUGUGGCGAAUGACUCACUUUCCAAUCUCGCGGCCCAAUCUGCCAUACCCGAGCCAAUACUGGAAGGACAACACGCUCAUUCUCAUAGCAUGA